AUGGCAAAGAAGCUGGGCAUGCCCGACCUUCUUUUCAAGAUGGAUGGACUGGGUGGCAGCGUCCCCUUGUGGAUAAUGGAAGUCAGCUUUUCAUGGGCAAAAGAUGAAGUGAUGUCUAGCAUCUGUCGUUAUGCAAUGGAGUGCAAGGAUGUCCAAGUAAUCACCAUCAUUGACACCUGCAAGUCCCAGCCUCACAAGAUGCCGAAGGAUAUAUCGGAUUUGACAAUCACAAUGGAGGGGCGAAUUUGGUUAACAUUGAAGGAGUGGAAGGUUGUGUCGGAUAAUCCAGCCUUUGGGCCAGUUAUGUCCUCAGUACCACAUCAGUGGGCCAGUCCCCUGACCAUCAAGGUCAAGACCUGGCUCUGUCACCCAGAUAGAGAGUUCUCUCUCGAUAAAAUGAACAGCAGUUCCUAUUAUGUGUGCGUGGAGAUUUGUCCAACCAGGGACUCCGCUGAGAUUGCACAUCUCAAUUCAGUGUUCCACCAAGCCAUGAAACUCAUAUGUGACAAAAUCACUGGUUAUGUGCAGAAGCAUUGUGAGCUCGAUGAGGAGAAUUUGAGCGCCAUGCGCAAAUGGAUACCUCCGGAUCCUCUAUUCAACUGGGAUAAGGUCGUGAAUCACGUUCGCAAGGGAAUGCUUUAUGAUGGGUUUGACUGGUACUGUGACUGGCAUGUCAAUUUGAAGUACUGA